UUCUCGCAUCUCGGCCCCUCGCGUUAGGAGCGAGCACCCCGCUCUCGUGUCUGCAUUUUCUUCCAAGAAAGAGAAAGACAAGCACCGCAAAAGUCGUCAGAAACGUCGGUUGUUCCAGUCAAAGCUGCACUGGGUGUUCCAUGUCUUCUUGAGCUAGCCUCCCUGAGACGCAGCCCGCUUCCGAGGAACUAGCCAGGAAGAACGGGGUGAGUUCUAGCGUUGUGUCGGCGCAUUCUUCCACAGUUUUGCGUUUCCGGAACGCCGCGUUCCUCUCUCAGUUCACUGAGUUUCUUGUCUUGUCGGAUUUAGUGAAGAAGUCGCUCGACAGCCACACCUGGAACUCGUGGAAAUACCCCGCGAAUUCCUGCCCCCGCACAGCGAACCGGCUGCGAGCGCAGGCGCCAGUGUUCAUUUGUCUGUCUCUUUUUCUGGAUUUUUGCCGUCGUUUUUCCCUCGAGUACCCUGUCGAGUUCAACCGGCAAAUAUGCCGUUGACCGGGCCCCGCGGAGCUCUCGAUGGAUGCGGUAAAAGCGAGGUUUCAACGGAGUGGAAGCUCGGCGAGAACCCCAGAUCUCGCGCAUGCGCUGUCUUGUGGCCGGGGAUAUCAAGAGGGUCAAGAGAAACAGCUCGAGUUUCCAGCGGAGCUGAAAAAAAAGCUGAUGUAAAAUGCACUUGAGGUCGACAGACACUCUGUUGAACAAGCCCUGCGUUUCGCAACUGGACCAACGAGAUGUUUUUGAUAUCCUCACGGUUUCUUUCCUUUAAAAAUCCGUCUCGUGACCUGUUUCACCCCACGACAAUCCGUCAAGUCAACAAGCAAGGUCCAGGGAAUCGAAGUCGUCUUUGUAAAUCUACUCCUCCUGCUUCCGGUUAAUAUUGACGCAGUCAUAAAUAAAUAACAUUUAUGUAAACAGCAUUUAUAAACAAUAUAUAUAUAUAUAUAUACAUGUAUAUAAACAGUAUAUAUACAUACUAUAUACAUAUAUCCAUAUAGAUAUAGAUAUAUGUAGAGGCAGAGAGAGCUCUGAGAGGGAGUUUUCGUUCUGACGAACAGUUGCAGUUUCUUCUUCAGAGAAAUCCGGGAGAAUUCGUUGUGUUGGCGAACUCGCUUCCUCCUUUCCUUCGAAGGCAAAUGGUGGGUGAGGAUUUUCUGUUGACGCUCCGAAGGUGACAUUUGGGGAGAGGCCGACUCUCGACCCUCUGUGACGAGAUAUCCGGCACAAGCAUUUCCGAUGUCGGCGGCUGUGGAGCCUCGCGGCCGUCUUUCUGAUGGCUGCUGCAGACGACGGCUGACGCCGGCAGCGGUCCUCUUUCUCUGCCGCGUACUCGUCUUGUUCUGGGUGAACGAAGCAGAACCGGCGAACGGGGACUUGCCUGCCCACUGUCUCGUGAAACAUGUCUUAGGAGAAUGGGAGAUUCAAGAAGGUCUCUGGCUCCCCUGCCAAGAAGAAGGAAACCUGACGACUGACGCGGCCCGACUGCACGAUCCGUACUGCGGAUACGGCAUCCCAGACAGAGUUGACGCACAUGGUCCGAUGACGCCUCCCAAUGUUUCGGCGAGUUUCCACGCGCUGCGGACCUCGCGCUUCACUCUGUUUCCGGAUUUCCGUAUCGAAUUUGAGGACGGCUCCUCCGGUCUCUGGACUCUAGUGUACGACGAGGGCCUUCACUUCGAGGUUUCGACUCCGCAAAACAGGCGUUUCUUUGCUUUCUUCAAAUACCAACUGGCUCCGGACGGUCAGAACCGCGCCUGGAGCUACUGUCACACGACUUUGGUCGGCUGGUGGGAACGCCCUGCUGCCCCAAACCUGUCUCUCCAAGACGUCGAGAAAGCUCCGCCGGUCUACGACAUCCCGGAGCCCAUUGCCCCCGAUACUGCUGCUGACGCGUUGCUGAAGUCGGUCAAACGAGGCUGUUGGUGGGGAAGAAAAGUAGGCGAAGACCUUUCCGUUCCGACCAACGAAGUCCCCAAGGAACGCCGCACCCCUCUGGAAGUCCCUCUGUGGCCUACUUCUCGUCCGCCUGACGUCCGAACGGUUGCUGCUGUCGUGAGGAAGAAUCUCGCCGCGGAUGCCCCAUGGGAGCCUUUGGACGAGGAGUAUGUCGAAAUUCGAGGGAGAAAGCUGCGCACAAUGGAGGAGGUCUGGGCGCAUGCAGGACACCAGCCUCUGUUGAUUUCCAGGCAAAACAUAGAGUCGACGCACUUGACACUCAGUGUCAGACCUCCCCUUCAUUUGCUCGCUGGGAUAAAGCCUUUUGGAAGUCCUGCAGGAUCCGAUCCGCCCUGGCGAACCGUUCGCGACUUCGACUGGGCUAACGAAGACCAUGUCGCUCUCAGGAUCGGACGGCGACAGUCAGUUAUUCCAGAUGCCCCGAAUCAAGGAGGCUGUGGUUCUUGCUACGCGAUCGCAACUGGAACUGUCCUCACUUCAAGACUCUGGAUUCGAUACGCAGCGAACGACGACGUUUUCGGCAAGGUCAACGUCAGCGCUUUCCAGGGAACAAGCUGCAACGUGUACAACCAAGGGUGCGGCGGCGGCUACGUAUUCCUGGCGCUGAAGUUCGGGCAGGAACAUGGCUUCCGUACAGAAGACUGCGUCAGCGAAUACCACGCCAUGGCUGACAAGCACAAAGGUUCACUUUCGCCGAACUUGCAGACUUGUUUCGACCUUGGCGGCCAGCUCGGGACCUCAGCGUUCGGCUGCCAGGCACCUCCAGCUCGAGCUUCUCUGCCGGAUUCCUGCAAUUUAUCUGUCAAAGUGACUUCUUGGCACUAUGUCGGAGGCGUUUACGGAGGGUGUUCGGAGGACGACAUGCUGCGAACGCUCUGGGAGCAUGGUCCGAUGGCAGCAUCCAUCGAACCUACGAUUGCUUUCACUGUCUACAAGAAGGGCGUUUUCAGAGCUGCGUACAACAGCCUCGUCGAGCAGGGGGACAACUGGGUCUGGGAGAAGGUCGACCAUGCCGUGGUUAUUUCCGGCUGGGGCUGGGCGAAGCACGGAGAUUCGUGGCUGCCGUACUGGAAAGUUCGGAAUUCAUGGGGAACGAAAUGGGGAGAAGGCGGCUACGCACGAGUGCUGCGAGGUGUCAACGAAAUGGCAAUCGAGCGCGUCGCUGUUGUCGGGGAAGUUUCGCUUUUUCGCGGGGGGGAACACAUUCCACCCUUGCUCGCAAGGUCUCUCGAUUCACAGGGAAGUUCGAACGCUUCCAAAGACAGCGAAAGGGGGGAGACGCUGGUCGAAUCUGUGAGUCCCGUUUUCCGCGGAAGCGCGUCGGGUUCCGAAAGUGGAAACCCAAGAGACGCGGCGACGAAUGAAAGUGCAGACAUGUCGGAGUCUGCAGACGCAGACGCAGAGUCUUCGUCGGGGAGUGACGAUGACGAAGACGGGGAUAUGGAGAAAGGUGAUGUGGAGUCGACAACAAAACAAACGACUCUUUUCCGGCCUAUCCAGCGUCACGGCGAAGUGUUGGAAGAAAAGAGAACGGGUGAAUGAAAAAAGGCUUUCAAUCGACUCUUUAGGUGGAGCGAAAAACGCCAGCUGUGUCCGGGCGAACGUUCGCAGAAGCAAAAGGAUUUCUGAGUCACCGGUUCGCAACUUGCGGCCGUGUUUCGACUUCGUCCCCCGUGAAAAAAAACGUUUGAAUGGUAAAUCCAAGCAAAAGCGGUUGGACGGCUCAGUAGGAUUCAGACGCGUGCGUGAAACGCGUUUGAGGUUGUUUUUCUUGAAAUUGUUUUGUGUCGCAUCUAGCGACGUCCGGAGACCAUUUUGUUACGGCCAAACUCCAAUGACAGUGAGCGAUUUCCGGGUUGAAGCUUUCCUGUCUCCCGGCAACUGUUACAUUUCUGCUGUUUUCCGUUCGAUGCGCAUAAAGGCUGAAAAUGACGGCUCUGACCUCCGG